CUAAUAGACUGGAAGAAUUAGAACGCUCUUCCAGUUCGAGUAUCAGUGGUGUGGAACCCGAGGAAGGCCAGAGGAGUAACGUUCCCUAGACAGAGAUGAUGGAGGCUGCAUCGCCUGGUGUGCCGUUAGGCACUUCGCUCACAAAUGAAAACCUGGAAUCUAUCAAAGUCCUUGUUACGAGUUUUAAAGAUGAGAAAGAGACUUGUAAAAAAAUACUCUUAUGUUAGCAGUGCCAUGGAUCUCGUAGAUCAAAGCCUUGCCCAGCAAACGGGCUGCGUGCUUGAUAGAUUGUUAAAGUAUAAUACCGAUUUCAUGGAGUAUAUUGAUGUUGACACCAAUGUAGACGUGAAGGACUUGGAUAGAUUCCAUGUUUUCCUGUCAGCCAGAGGACCCCAGAUACAAACCUGUUUUGGGGAGACUAAUCAAAAUCAGCCUACCACUGACACAGAUGAACACAGACAGCCCCUACAGUCACUACUAAUGAAGAAAGCCCCACAGAUUCUUACAGAGUAUGAGACUACAGGUAUCCUGUUAGUGCCAUCGAGGAAGCUCCUUGUAAAGACGUGCAUAGGAGAUUUGGUGGAGAGGUGUGGUUUUUACCCUCUUAGUGCAGACAAGCUGGCUGUAGCGAAAAGCAUCAUAACCACCUUCCCAUCCCUGAGUGUCAGAGUAGAAGGACAAGGGGAAGGAUUUGAGCAUUACUAUGAUCCAGUCUCUCACUGUGGAUUCCUAGAGACUAAACUCCGCAACCUCAGACGCAAUCUCGAGCAAGGGCAGAGGCGUUAUAGGAAGCGAAAAGUGACCAAUGACUGCACUGGACCUGAGAAACCUGAUGCAACAGAGGAUGCCAGCAGCACAAAUGAGUGGGUCACGUUGAUGAAACGAUUGCGGCCGUCAGCUGAGAACCUUUCAUCAAUCAAGUCAGGCAUGGAGAAAACCUACACCUGUCGCAGAUCCUGGAUUACUAAGAACUCUCCCACUGUUGCCGAAAUAUUCAACGAGUACCCACGGUUUUUGGACAUGCCAAGUCUGCUGGACUCAGAGUUUGGCACACUUACAGGCGGAAAGAUGGACCUCUUUUUACGAAGAUGGGAGGCCAACAUCAUUCCCAAACUCAAAUCAGUGGCUGCCUUGGAACCAAGAGUGUCCCCUCUGUUGAAGGAUAUUGAAGAGAAAACUGAAGAUGAGACGUGUUACACUUUCCUAGUGUUGCUAACACACCUGCUGCCCCCGAUUGGUGCCAGUCAUUGCAGUCUGAAAUCGGCAAUAACACACCUGGUUGAUUUUACACCACCUGGAACGAGUAUUGCAUCGCUUAGUAAUGAUCCUGCAACACCAUCCACUACUCAACAACCACAGCUGAUAUGCAUCGGUGAUCUGAAGAGUAUGACCAAGCAGUAUGUCAUUGUUGCUAAGAAUGACAAAGUAACCAUUCCUCUGGAUGAUGGCCUGACGUGUUCUGUGGACAAGCUUUUCAAACUGUACUGGGUGUGUAAUUUGUCAUACCCAGCACCACUCAGCUCUGUCUUCACGUUUUUUGAGUAUGUCUACGACCUGCCAUUCUCUGGACAAAGGAAAACCAAAGUACUGGAGCUGAUUUCACAGCUUAAAGCACACAAGUAAACCAAAAUGUUCACCUGUCCAAAAUGUGGGGAGUC